CCACGGGGCAAGACAUUCAAAAUGCCAUAUUCCGUACGAUUUAUUAGGGCUUGUUGUUCGUCAUUCUUAUUAUCACCCAAAAAUAUGGCUUUGCGAUCUGCCUUUUCGAGCUCUGGCCUUCGUCGUCUAACGGAAUGUAGCUCCUUCGCCGGCCGAUUAUCAGCUAUGGGUUCCUGUUGCUUCAGCAAUGGAUCAGGUCGUAUCCUCAGUGAUGAACAGCGUGCUAAAGAGAUCCUCUAUAUUCAAAAAAUGGAGAAGGAGAGGUUAGAGAAGCAGAAGAAUGAAGAAGAAGAUAAGGCGGAAGUAGAGAAGAAGGAAGAAGGUAUAAAUUUUCAAAUGCUCGUUUAGUACGCAAAAUUGUUACUAAUAGUAAGAUAUUUUUGCUAUGGUUUAGAGUAAUUCUGUAAUGUGGGUUAGACACAUUGUUGAUAGUAAUUCACUAAUUUGUGUUUUGCAAAGCACAAUACAUAGUACUGCUGUGAAUUCUAGUCGAAAAAAUUCCACUUUUGGUCCUGCUAGUUUUGCACCAAUUCCACAUUUAGUCCUCGUCUUUCACUUUAUCCAUUUUUGGUACCUGACUAUUGUUUUCUUGACCA